AUGAUCUCUACUACCCCCGCCGAGGCGGGUGAGUCAGCCGAUCUGUUGAUCUUUGGAGACCUCACAGCGAGCUUCGAUGUAGAGCUUCGACGCUUGCUUCAUGUCAGAGGAAACGAGGCGAUGACUUCCUUCUUUGAGCGCGUGGCCUUGCGCCUUCGACAGGAGCUGGGUCGGCAGCCAUCAGCCAUACAAAACAUGUUCCCCCGCUUCACAACUCUCAUUGACCUGGUGUCUGGAUUCGGUGACAAGAUGGACGGAGAGCCAGUCAUGCAGUUUUUCCUAAUGACGGUCUGCCAGUUGGCCAAGUUUAUCCACUUUGCCUCGGGGAGACCUUUUCCAUCACCGCAAAAUACCUACCUCCUUGGCAUUUGCACCGGCUCGUUUGCUGCUUCUGCCAUUUGCGUCUCUCAGUCCGUGCCCCAGGUUGUCGUGGCCGGAGUAGAGGCUACCAUGGCCGCUUUCCGAACAGCGCUUCGCUCAGUGCUGCAAAGAGACAUGAUCACCACGGCCGGGAACAAGAACUGGUCUGCUGUGGUUUCGCGCGAUAAGCCAGUGAAUGACUUGAUCGUCAAGUUUACGAACGACAAUGUGGGUUCCUCCUCACGCGCCUUUUCCAUGGGCAACGCCAUGACGAUGCUGACUCUCCAGAAGCCCUACCAUGGCAAGCUAUCCAAUCUCUAUAUAAGUGCCACGACACCAUUCAACGCUACCGUCAGCGGUCCCCCCGAUUCAUUGAACGAUUUCUUUGCGCGGAAUAACCUCGCACAGCAUCGACUACCCAUUGAGUCACCGUUUCAUGCUCCCCACAUCUUCCAUGAAGCUGAAGUUGAAUCUGUCCUGGAGGGUUUCCCGGCGGAUGCACUCCACGAGUACAAACCUCGGAUCCCCAUCAUCUCAGGCUCUACGGGAGGGUUGAUUGAUGCAGCCGACUUCAAGAGUCUGUUGCGAACGGCCAGCACCAGUGUGUUGCGAGAAAUGGUUGAAUGGGAGAAGAUCCUCGCCACUCUUUCUGCGGCUUUGGGCGUGCGAAAGGUGGGAAAAUGCAACGUCUACCCAUUCUACUACAAUAGCACCUCGCUCUUGUCUUCACACCUGACUCAUGAGGCAAGCAUGGAGGUCGCUGUGCAUAACAUGAUCGGGGCGCUUCCUGCGCAGCAACCGAUCAGGCCUACAGGCCGACUUGACCAGAGCAAGAUUGCCGUGAUCGGCUAUUCCGGUCGAUUCCCUGAAGCGACGUCCAACGACGAGUUUUGGAAUCUUCUCCGAGCUGGUCGUGACGUCCACCGCACCAUCCCCGAGGAUCGAUUUAACUGGGAAACAUACCACGACCCGACGGGGAAGAAGAGAAACACGAGCAAGGUCAAGCAUGGCUGCUUCAUCAACGAGCCCGGGCUGUUCGACACGCAGUUCUUCAACAUGUCGCCCCGCGAAGCAAACAGUACCGAUCCAGCACACAGGCUCGCAAUCACGGCUACCUACGAGGCAAUGGAGAUGGCCGGCAUGGUGCCCAACAGGACUCCCUCGACACAGCAAGAUCGCAUCGGAGUCUUUUUUGGCGUCACAAGUGAUGACUGGCGAGAGGUCAAUAGCAGCCAGGACGUUGACACUUACUUCAUCCCCGGGGGGGUCAGAGCCUUUAUGCCUGGACGGAUCAGUUACUUUUUCAGGUUCUCCGGCCCCAGCCUCUGCAUUGAUACGGCCUGCUCAUCCAGCUUUGCCGCCAUUCAGUCGGCCUGUGGCUACUUGCUGAGAGGCGAGUGCGAUACUGCGGUUGCGGGCGGCACGAAUGUCCUCACCAACCCGGACAUCUUUACUGGUUUGGAUCGUGGUCAUUUUCUGGCCAAGUCUGGCAACUGCAACACCUUUGAUGACGAGGCUUCCGGAUACUGCCGGGCCGAAGGUGUCGGCGCGGUGAUCCUCAAGCGUCUGGAAGAUGCCCUCGAGGACCAAGACCCGAUCUUCGGCGUCAUCGCCGGAUCCAACACCAACCACUGCGGCCAGACAGACUCAAUCACUCGACCUCACGAGGGGGACCAAGUCUCCGUCUUCAAGCGCGUCCUGCGAUACCAAGGCGUCGACCCCAACGACAUCAGCUACGUGGAGAUGCACGGCACCGGAACGCAGGCCGGCGACGCCACGGAGAUGCGUUCCGUGCUCUCCGUGUUCCUCCCCGACCAGCGGCGCGGUGCCGACCGGCCUCUGUAUUUGGGCUCAGCAAAGGCCAACGUUGGACAUUCUGAAUCAGCGUCCGGCGUGGUGUCCCUGAUCAAGGCGCUGAUGAUGAUGAAGAAUAACGAGAUACCGCCGCACUGCGGCAUCAAGACGCGCAUCAACAGGAACUACCCGACGGACCUUGCCCAGCGCAACGUCCGCAUCGCCUCCAGGCCCACACCCUGGCGGCGGGAGGAUUCCGCCGGUGGAACGAGGAGGAUGUUUUUGAACAACUUCAGCGCGGCUGGCGGCAACACUGCAAUCCUCCUGGAAGAUGCCCCGAGUCCGCAGGAAGAUACCGUGCACUCUCAGGGGCAGAGAGAGCGUGGCACGUACUUGGUCGCGGUCACGGCGAAAUCCGCAAAGUCUCUCGCUGCUAAUCUGGAGCGCUUGGUGUCGUUCCUGGAAGAGAACCCCUCCUGCUCUCUCCCAGCGCUCUCUUACACGACCACGGCCAGGCGGAUCCAUCACGGCUACCGGGUCGCCUUCUCCGGUGCUUCCAUCGCCGCUGUUCUGCAGGAGCUCAAGCUGCGGGCUCAGUCCCAGUCUCAGGUUCAAGUCCCCAGGCGGCCAUCACCCAGAGCACCAAAGGUCGCCUUCGUCUUCACAGGACAGGGCAAUCUCUAUACAAGCAUGGGCCGGGAGCUAUACGAGACCGUCCCCAGCUUUCGCGAGGACCUGGUUCAGUUCAACAACAUGGCGCAGCAGCAUGGCUUCCCGCCAUUUCUUCCUCUCAUCGACGGUUCCGUCCCGAGCCUCGAGGGCGUGGAGACAUGUGUAGGCCACCUGGCCCUGGCAUGCCUGCAGAUGGCACUGAGCCGGCUUUGGAAUACCUGGAACGUCCGCCCAAGCGUGGUCGUGGGCCACAGCCUGGGAGAAUAUGCGGCACUCUUCGCAGCUGGCGUCAUCAGUGCCAGCGACGCCAUCCUCUUGGUAGGCACGAGAGCAACGUUGCUGACGAGACAUUGCACCCCCGGCACUCACGGCAUGAUGGCCAUCAAGGCAGCCAAGGACAGCGUCUUGCCCCUGCUGGCAGAUUCACCUUGCGAGAUUACGUGCAUCAAUCAACCAGGCGGGACUGUCGUCGGGGGAGAGAAGCAGGAACUUGAUAAGCUCGCGACCAAGGUCCAGGCGCUGGGCUACUCAUUCGUACCGCUGGACAUUCCAUUUUCCUUCCACACUUCCCAGGUCGAUCCUAUCCUUGCCGAGUUUCAAAAGGCUGCGCAGAAUGUCCAGUAUUCUUCCCCAAACAUCCCCAUCCUGUCUCCGCUGCUCGGCCGUGUCAUUCAAGAUGGGGAGGCCUUUGACGGAGACUACCUUGUCCGAGCAUGCCGCGGCGUGGUCAACUUCCAAGGCGCGCUGGAAGCUGCCAGGCUUGCCUCCAUCGUCGAUCAAGACACCAUCUGGCUGGAGAUGGGCUCGCAUCCGGCCUGCUCUGGAAUGAUCAAGGGGACGUUGGGCCCCCAAUCGACCACUCUUGCAUGCGUCCGGAACUCGAAGUCACCAUGGUCCUGCAUCGUCUCGGCCCUUGAGCCCAUGUACAUCCAGGGCCUGGACAUUGACUGGAACAACUUCCACCGAGACUCUGGCGAGUCUCACCAGGUCAUCCAACUGCCGCGCUACAGCUGGGACCUGAAGAACUACUGGAUUGCCUACAAGAAUGACUGGCUCCUUACCAAGGGAGAUUGCUGCUCCGGUACUGCCAAGAAUGUGCAAGGAGCGGUAACCAAUUCAGUUGCAGCUGCGGCUCGAUAUAUUUCACCUUCAAUUCAGCGCGUGCUGCAGGAAAGCCACACGCCCUCGCGGUCUACCAUCCUGGCCGAGUCGGAUCUAUUCGACACUAGGCUGGUACAUGUUCUCCGCGGGCACAAGGUGAAUGGAGUGGCGCUGUGUCCAUCGAGUCUGUACGGUGACGUUGCUCUAACCGUAGGAAAAGCCCUUGUUGAAGGAUGUGUUUCAGCCCACUUCACGGGCCUUGACGUUUGCGACGUCAAGGUCGACCGCCCUCUGAUUGCCCAUCCGUCGGAGACGUCCUGUCUAUUCCGCGUCUCGGCCACGGCUGAUUGGGCCUCGCAACUCAUAUCCGUCUCCAUCUACAGCGUUGAUCAGGCUGGCAAUACGACGGCACACCAUGCCAAGGCCAACGUCCGCUUGUCCGUCGACACGACCGCCUGGCUUGCCGAGUGGAACACGGUGGCUUAUCUUAUUCGCGGUCGGAUUGCUUCUCUCGAGCGUGGUGUUGCUAGCGGCAACAGCCAUAAGCUGAAGCGCUCCAUGGUCUACAAGCUCUUUACUUCCAUCGUCGACUACAGCAGCGAGUAUCAGGGCAUGCAGGAGGUUAUCCUUGACAGUGAGGAGCUCGAAGCGGCGGCAAAGGUGUCCUUCCGCGUGGGUAAGCAGGGAUUCUACAUGAACCCGCAUUGGAUCGACAGCCUGGGCCACCUGGCCGGGUUCAUCAUGAACGGCAAUGAAUACUCGCAGUCUGACCAGCAAGUCUUCAUCAAUCACGGCUGGAGUCGCCUACGGUUCGGCGAGAUUCCUCGCGAGGGCAAAGUCUACACCACGUACAACAAGAUGCAGCUUGUAGAGAACAAGCUCUAUGCUGGUGACACAUAUGUUCUGGAUGGAGAUCGUAUCAUUGCCAUGUUUGAUAGAGUCGCGUUCCAAGCAGUCCCGCGCAAGAUCAUCGGCAAACUUUUACCCAAUACAAACGACACGGCACCUGUGCCCAGCAUCAAGAGACACACGCCUCCCAGCAAGGAGACGUGGCCGGCCGCUGCCCGCGCUGCUCCGGCACCAGUCCAAAGCCACACUCGGCGUCCGAGUGCAACGCCCCCUUCGGGAGACUUGGACUUCCCUCGCGUCUUGACAAUCAUCGCGGAGGAGGUGGGAAUCGCGCCGACGGAGCUACAGCCCGACAUCCAACUCGUCGACUUCGGCCUCGACUCACUGCUUUCGCUGACAAUCUCCUCGCGCAUCAACGACGAAAUGGGGCUAGACUUGCCGUCGACGCUCUUCGCGGAACAUCCAACAGUCAAGGACCUGCAGUCAUACUUUGCGGCGGAGGGAUGUGUUCCUAGAGAGACGCCGGAGCUUACAUCAUACAACUCCGAUGAUGAAUCGUCAGACUCUACCGUCGCAGCCGACGAAUUCCCUCCCGCCGACACCGGAGCCGUGACGGCCAGGAUCCGCCAAGCAAUCGCCGACGAGACGGGGAUACCGGUCGACGAGCUCGAGUCUGCAGCCUGUCUUGCAGAUCUUGGAGUCGAUUCGCUGCUCAGCCUCACCAUCGCAGACUCGCUCACCGAGGCUCUUGGUGCCGAGGUGUCUAGCGAGCUCCUGCUCGAGAGCAGAACCCUGAAGGACUUGGAGGCCACGUUAGGCAAGGAAUUGGGCUGGAACGCUCCCGAGCUCUCUGGCAUAAGCGACAUUGGCACACUCAAGCCCUCGACAUCAAUCAUCGUUAGUCCCCCAAAGGUGGUGGACCCAAUCGUCGCCAACGAGCCGCAUGCAACCUCCAUCCUUCUCCGGCGCGCGAGCACCCCAGUCGCUAACCGUGUCCUGUUCUUGCUCCCAGACGGAUCCGGCUCGGCCGCUUCGUACGCCUCGCUCGCCAAGCUGGAUGCCGGCGUGAAAGUCUACGGAGUGAACUGUCCGUGGCGAACCAACCCGGAACAGAUGACCCGACUGGGUGUGACGACGCACCAGGUCGUCGCCAAGUACGUUGCCGAAAUCCGACGCAACCAACCCCACGGCCCCUACUAUCUCGGCGGGUGGUCCGCCGGGGGCCUCUUCGCUUUCGAGGCGACCCGCGAGCUCAUGGCCGCCGGCGAGGUCGUCGAGAAGCUACUGCUGAUCGACGCACCGAACCCCAUCGGCCUCGAGAACCCGCCCUCGCGGAUGUUUGACUUUUUCGAGAGCGCCGGCGUCUUCGGCAAGAUGACUGGCGGCAAGGUGGUGCCCAAGUGGCUGCGCCACCACUUCGACUCGACGGUGAACAUGCUGGAUGGCUACGUCCCCAGGCCGCUUCCCGGCGCGCCGCCAUCGGUGGUCAUCUACGCCCGGGACGGCAUUUGCAAGGGCCCGGACGCGCCGCAGAUGGAGACGGCGGCGGACGACCCGCGCGAGAUGCUCUGGCUGCUGCGCGACCGGACCGACUUCUCGGCCGCCGGCUGGGCGUCGCUGCUCGGGCGCGACCGGAUGAAGGUGCACGUGCUGAGCGACGUGAAUCACUUUUCCAUGAUGGACGAGGGGCCGCGCAUGGAGGAGAUGCGAGGAUAUAUUCGGGGGGAUUUUUUGGAUUUGUAA